AUGGUGACAUCAGAAACCUACCCUGCGGUGCGCCAACACGACGACUGCAGGACAAGUAACAACAGACACGACGACUGCGAGACAAGUAACAACAGACACAACGACUACGAGACAAGUAACAACAGACACGACGACUGCGGGACAAGUAACAACAGACACGACGACUACGGGACAAGUAACAACAGACACGACGACUACGAGGCAAGUAACAACAGACAUGACGACUACGGGACAAGUAACAACAGACACGACGACUGCGGGACAAGUAACAACAGACACGACGACUGCGGGACAAGUAACAACAGACAAGACGACUGCGGGACAAGUAACAACAGACACGACGACUACGAGACAAGUAACAACAGACACGACGACUACGGGACAAGUAACAACAGACACGACGACUACGGGACAAGUAACAACAGACACGACGACUGCGGGACAAGUAACAACAGACACGACGACUACGAGACAAGUAACAACAGACACGACGACUACGAGACAAGUAACAACAGACACGACGACUACGGGACAAGUAACAACAGACACGACGACUGCGGGACAAGUAACAACAGACACGACGACUGCGGGACAAGUAACAACAGACACGACGACUGCGGGACAAGUAACAACAGACACGACGACUGCGGGACAAGUAACAACAGACACGACGACUGCGGGACAAGUAACAACAGACACGACGACUACGGGACAAGUAACAACAGACACGACGACUACGGGACAAGUAACAACAGACACGACGACUGCGGGACAAGUAACAACAGACACGACGACUGCGGGACAAGUAACAACAGACACGACGACUAA